CUUUCCAGAGCUGUAGACCGGAAGUCGGAUUUCAGCUGCGGUGGCGAAGGCAACUACCCCCGUAAACCAAAAGCUGAGGUUCUUGAUCCUCCACAAUGGGUGAACCACAGCAAGUGAGUGCACUUCCUCCACCUCCAAUGCAGUACAUCAAAGAAUAUACAGACGAAAAUAUUCAGGAAGGCUUAGCUCCCAAGCCUCCGCCACCAAUAAAAGACAGUUAUAUGAUGUUUGGCAAUCAGUUCCAAUGUGAUGAUCUUAUCAUCCGCCCUCUAGAAAGUCAAGGCAUUGAACGGCUUCAUCCCAUACACUUUGAUCAUAAGAAAGAACUGAGAAAACUCAAUAUGUCUAUCCUUAUUAAUUUCUUGGACCUUUUAGAUAUCUUGAUAAGGAGCCCUGGGAGUAUGAAACGAGAAGAGAAGCUAGAAGAUCUUAAGCUGCUUUUUGUACACGUGCAUCAUCUUAUAAAUGAAUACCGACCCCACCAAGCAAGAGAGACCUUGAGAGUCAUGAUGGAGGUCCAGAAACGACAACGGCUUGAAACAGCAGAGAGGUUUCAGAAGCACCUGGAACGCGUAAUUGAGAUGAUUCAAAAUUGCUUGGCUUCUUUGCCUGAUGAUUUGCCCCACUCAGAAGCAGGGAUGAGAGUAAAAACUGAACCAAUGGAUGCUGAUGAUAGCAAUAAUUAUACUGGACAGAAUGAACAACAAAGAGACAAUUCAGGUCAUAGGAGAGACCAGAUUAUAGAGAAAGAUGCUGCCUUGUGUGUCCUAAUUGAUGAAAUGAAUGAAAGACCAUGAAGGAUGUUUUUCUAUUUUUCUUUUGGUGAAUAGCAUCAUAUAUUAGUUUAUUUUGUUUUGGACAGUCUUAAAAGAGGUGUAAGUAAAAAUGUAAACACCUUUUAUCUUGACUGUCCAAGUUUUCUGGUUAGGAGAUGUCAUGGGCAGUAAUUUCACUGUGUAACAAGAGUAGGCAUAUGAGUACCCCUGCAUUAAGAAUAAUCACCUUAAAAAGCAAAGUGUUUCCUGCUGUAGUGUGGGACAUUCCUAUUUUUGGAGUUAUAGUAAAACCUCGAAGAUAUCCUCAA